AUGGCUUUUGAUAGAUACAUAGCUAUAUGCCACCCUCUUAGAUAUCAUGCAAUUAUGUCCAAAGCUGCAGUCAAAAUUCCUCAAAGCCCUGUAAAUCUGAAGAAGUUCAUGGCAAUGUCAUUUGUGUUAUUUCCUUCUUGUCUCAAUCCAAUCAUAUAUGGAGCAAAAACAAAAGAGAUCAAGCAGAAGAUAAUACAGUUAUACAACCACAAAAUAUUUCACAGAAAUGCUUUGGGAAAACUGAACACAGUCAACUCAAUAACUGGGUGA